GCGAAUGAAACGCUGCCAAAAACAAAACUGCCGUGUAAAUGACGAGUGUCGGCCCCGGGGAGGAGGUUUGACAGAACAAUAAUCGCUGAGAGAGAAAUACUGGAGCGAAAGGUGUUGGUUUCGGACACUCCUCGGUGAUAAAAACGAUCAUACGGAUUUACGAUGGAGACUUGAAGUGAAUGUAGCCUGCAUUGUAUAAAUGAGGACUGAAAUAGAUUUUGUUCCGAUGGUGUGAAAAUGACAGCUAUUGAAACAAUGUUACGUCACACAAGCAGUCUUCUCAGGAGCCGAUCCGAGGGAAUGUUGAUUGAUUUCAAUGAGGAUGAGAUGCCAAACAAAUUUAGCGAAGAUAUUGAUGCACCUCACAUGACAAAGCAGUCUGAUGUGCCAGUUUUACAGCCUGAGGUUCACAAUACUAUACACAAAACUAAUCCCUUUUGGAACGGACUUUCUGGCUCCAAUCCAUUUUUGGAUGAUAUCGUGCACACUGACAAAGAAAGUAGGAGAUCAAUUGCAGAUGUUUCCAUUCUAAAGGAAGAUCCCUCUGUGAUAUUUGGUGAGAAUAAUGUGGACUUCAGUAAUUCUUCAGAUGAGGCAAACUUUGGCCAGCUUUUCAGUCCGAUACGAAAGAACAAGUCUGAGAGGCGAAAAAGUGCCUCAGAUAUCCUGGAUGUGAAUGACGAGACGGAAACUGAAAAAGAAGCUUCCCUCAGCUACUCAAGUCAGCUUUUAAACCCCGAUUUUGAAUGGCUAAAGGAUGAUAGGGAAGCCUACAAGAUGGCCUGGCUGAGUCACAGACAGCUAACGAGGUCUUGCCUAGACCUUGGCUCCACGAGUCCGGGGUGGGCUCAGACUCAAGCCUCGGAGACUCAGAUCGUCUGCAAGAUCGGGCACAGUGGUGGCUCUGUUCAGUUGCCUAACUCUGACAUAAGUGUCUAUAUUCCAGAAGGCCAUGUUCUUCCAGGGGAAAUGCAGGAAAUUGGGUUGAAGGCAGUCCUAGACCCACCAAUUGGUCUUUGCAAUGACCUUUUAACAGUUGUAAGUCCACUCCUGGAAGUGAGUCUUAGCAACAUCAACAUGAAGACAUCUGUUUCUCUAUUAAUGAAGAUUUCUGGGGAAGUAAAGAAUGAUCCACUAAGUCAGGUGAUGACUCAGUUGACUGGCUUAGUUUCCCAUAAAAGGGACGGGCCUUUCCAGAAGAUAAAGCACUGUUACCUAUAUAACAACACCUUACAGAUGAAGAUCGAAAACUUAAAACCGCACAUGUAUAUCAUUGCUGCCAUGCAGGCCACCAUUCUCCAGCCACCUGCUACAUCUGUGUGGGACUACAUGAACAGACAUCUCACCAUUGGGGUUUACGGACCAAGGCAUAUUCAUCCAUCUUUCAAAGCGGUUUGCGUCGUUUCCUGUCACAGUGAAAUCCCAAAGAAGCUACCAUUUUCAAACUCCAAAAGGGGUCCUAAGAACUUGCCGCCACUUGUGUUGCAGCUUUGGGGCAAGCAGAAUUUCAGCCUGAAUGGGCUCAAAGAUCUGUAUGUUACAACCAAACCAAUGGGAACGACAUUUGAGGUUAGGGCUGGUGAACAAAUUAAAGUGCUGAAGAAAGAGGACCUCAAAACAUGCCAGGUCUUCCGCCUCCCAUUUUCAGUGUCUAUGACUGUCAGAGAGGAAGUGGUCCCCUUCAAAUUAGUCGUUAAGAUAAAAGACUCAAAGGAUUCAUCAUUAACUGAAUUUCAGGUGCAGACUCCAGGUCCUGUGCGUCAAAGGACAGAAAAGUUUGCUCAGAAGAGGUUAGAGACAUUCAGGGAGAAAGUAGGAGUUGAAACAAUUCCGGAGGAAACGAUAGAACGGUCUCCCAAAUUUCAGGACCGGCCAGUAUGUAUAAAGUGGUAUGGUGUGACGCUGAAGUCAGUCAUUCAUCAGCCGAGGGUUGAAUACCUGCUGGACUACAUUAAGGGUGAGACCGUGGCCAUUCUUUCUCGAGACACAGUAAAAUCAGUGGGUCAGUCGAAAGUGAAGGAGUGGUACAUCGCUUUCCUUAGGGGUCGAGUUGGUCUGCUCCACUCGAAGAAUGUGAAGGUCAUACCCAAAGAUCAGGUGAUUGACUUUACCGACGUGGAGGUGAAAACGCAAGUGCUUCUGGACAACAUAGCUAUUCCGUUUAAGAAGCUAACAUACGUGUACUCCACCAUUGAGACUUUGGUGACAGAGCAUGUAAGCAGCUGGAGGACCUUCGCUGAGGCUUUGGGCUACAGCAACCUUUCCCUGGAUGAGAUUGUCUGGAGGCAGAUCGAGACAGAGUCGGAAAAAGUGGCAUGUGUGCUUGAGAAGCUCAAGGAGGAUUGUCACUCGGACAAAAACAGGAAGAAGUUUCAGCAUGAACUCAUUGUUGGUCUCCUAAAGAUGGAUGCCCAGGAUUUGGUAUCUCGUCUAACGCAGAACACCGUGAUUCUGUCAACGGCGGUGGAGCUCGGGGUGCGAUGGAGGGAGCUCGCUGAAAAGCUUGGAAAACUCUCCAGUGCUCAAAUCGCCAGAUAUGAGACUCCACACCAGGACAAAUCUGGCCAGGUCAGCAGUCAGUCUAUGUGGAAGCCAGCGUACGACUUCUUGUAUAUGUGGAGUAGUCACUAUGGAGAGCAUCUUAGGGACCUAGUGCAGGACCUGCACCUGGCCCUGGACAAGAUGAAGACCCCAAUUACCAGGCAGUGGAGGGAAAUAACCGGGGUGCUCAUCACAGUGAACUGCAUGGAAAUCCUUCAGGGUUCCGCGUUCUCUAAACCAUAAUGCCCACAGAAUACCGCCAAUCUGGCCCACGGCAUUUGGCACAUUUGCUUAAUACCAUGUGAAGUAGCGCGUGUGCCCUGCGAUAAGCAAGCAUCCAACAAGGGUGCACGUCACAUCCUGCGCUGCACGGAAUAAAUGCCACCUCCUGUCCCCAUGUUCCUGACCUGGGUAAGUGGUUGGAAGAUAGAGAUUUAAAAUAACACUUAUAAAAUGUUUAUCUCAUUACAACUAUCCAUAUACUGCAGAAAAUAUGACAAAUUUAUUUAUACCUAUAUUAUUUGUUUUAUUGUUCUUAGUACUGGACUAAAUGUUAACUUUAAUAUUAUUAUUUACUGUAAUACUAUGUCUCAACCUCACUGCAUUUAAAGCAGUAAAUUAAUCAUUUUCAUGUACCGUUACCACUCCUGUAAAUUAAUCAUUAACGUAAGUGGCAUGUAGCCUUUUCAGAUACAUGGACAAUUUCUCCAAUUCUCUCUCUGCACACCUGCACAUUUGGCUGUAGUGUGUUACUCUGUUACGUAUAAUGAAAGCAUUGGAUGCCCGAUUCCUGGAGAGGAUAAACAGUGGUGGGAACACAGGCUAAGCACAGCAGUCUAAAAAGGCAGCAUACUCGACUGUGUUCGGCUUUGUGCACGGUCUAGGCUUAAUUGCUGAAAUAUGAAACCAAAACUCCCUUAUAUGUAGUGUCAGGGGCACGCUCGGAAAAUGGAUGUGGGAGGGACUGACGUCAAAGCUGUAUUCACAAUUAUUUUAAUUUUAGGAAGACAUGCCACUUAAGACCUCAGAAUGAUCAAUUGAAAAUAUGUCUAUUCAAGUAAUGUGAAACUAUUUGGUCAUUUUGUAUACAAUACUAUUUAUAUUCUUAAUAUAAUUUUUUAAUGCUGUAAUUGUAUUCAGUUUUAACUCUUUGGGGAAAUGUCCUUUUGUACUCACAUCUGUUACAUUGUGUAGUGAAUUAACUAUUAACCACUGGCUUUGUAGCAAACGCUAAUUGUGAUGCAAGUUGCAAUCAGCAACUACUUUUCAUGAAGUCUAAAUACAUUUAAAAUUUAACAAGAGCUUUGUAUGGCUGUUAAGUUUGCUUUUGUAAAUAAAUAAAAAUAAAUUUUAAUAAUUUAAGUAUUGAUUUA